AUGCCACCAAGAUUUGGAGGAGCACCUAAAUGUCCUCGUUGUGAGAAAUCUGUCUAUAUGGCAGAACAGGUUCUUGGCCCAGGAGGGCAAUGGCACAACUAUUGCUUGACAUGCAAAGAAUGCAACAAAAGACUGGACUCAACCACAUUAACCGAAAAGGAUAAUGAGGCUUAUUGCAAGACUUGUUAUAGUCGCAAAUGGGGACCUAAAGGAUAUGGAUUUGCUGGUGGUGCUGCAUUUUUGAGUACAGAGAACAAGAUGCCUAGUGAAGUUCUAAAGGAAAACUAUGAUGAUGCUGCCAUUACGAGAUCUGCAUCCAUAACACCCUCUUUACCUUCACGUGAAAGCCCUGCUUUACCGCCUAGAACACCCUCUAACGUUUCUCAUGAAACACCAUCUCCACUAGCAGCUUCAUCCACACCGCCAUCAUUGCCUUCUAGACCAACAACGAGCAAUGCACUCAAUCGCCCACCUGUUCCAAUCUCGUCCAAACCAGCUUCAAAUGAAGUCCCAGCAACUUCCUACAUCAAGCAUCAAACAACCUACGUACCUCGUAAAUUCAACUUUGGAUCGCAACCAGACACUUGCACAGGCUGUGGUAAAGCCGUUUAUGCAGCAGAACUUGUGUUGGGGGCUGGUAACAAGUAUCAUAAGAUGUGUUUGAAAUGCUGUCAAUGCGGUAAAAGACUAGAUUCGACCAACAUGGUGGAUCGUGAUUUCGACCUCUACUGUAGAGGAUGCUACUCUAAAUCAUUUGGCCCCAAAGGCUAUGGUUACGGUAAUUUGCUAACACCUGAAGGUGCUACACGAUAA